UGUAAUCCGUUAUCUGUCUGGCUACCUGACACUGGAGAGGACUUGGGCUGGGUGGGUUUGAUUCGCGACACUUUUCUCUGUUACUAAAGAUGAGUGAUGGGUAGCUGCUUCAUCGAACCCAGCAAUGCCGCAAUUUCAUACCUUCUUCUCAAUUCUUCCAGCUCCUUCGCUGCAUAGCCUUAUCUACAUUACGUCAAAACCAUUAUCACUAUGUUCUGUCAACAAUACUUUCUCGCCUUCCUCAUCAAUGUCUGGACGUUGUUUGUACAAAACACUGUCUACCCACAACUCCAAACCCAUCCCCAAUCUCAAACGACUCACUUCCCGAGUUGUCGAACUCACUCGCCGCCGACAGCUCCGUCAGAUUUUUGAGGAAAUUGAGGAUGCCAAGAACCGGUAUGGGAAGUUGAACAUAAUUGUGAUGAAUGCGGUGUUGAAGGCUUGUGUUCAUUGUGGGGAUGUGGAUUCUGCUAUUAGGGUGUUUGAUGAAAUGUCUAAGCCAGGGAGUUGUGGGGUUGAUGAAAUCACAUACGGUACUCUGUUGAAGGGAUUGGGUUUUGCUCGAAGAAUUGAUGAAGCAUUUCAAUUACUUGAAUCUCUGGAACAAGGUACUGCUGUGGGAAGUCCAAAGUUGUCAGCGCCACUCAUCUAUGGUCUAUUAAAUGCUCUUAUAGAAGCAGGGGAUCUACGUCGUGCUAAUGGUCUUCUUGCACGCUUUGGUUUUGUGCUUAAUGAAGGUGGCAGUCCAUCAAUCUUAAUUUACAACUUACUAAUGAAGGGAUACACAAACAAAGGUUUUCCUCUAGCAGCGUUACGUGUGUAUGAUGAAAUGCUACGGCAAGGAUUAAAACCUGAUAAGCACACAUAUAACACCCUAAUCUUUGCAUGUGUCAAGGCUGGAAAUUUUGAUGUUGCUAUACAUUUUUUCAAGGAAAUGAAGGACAAAGCGGAAAAAAAUGGCCAUGAUGAUCUUCUUCCUGAUGCCGUCACUUACACAACAUUACUUAAGGGAUUUGGGCAUGCCAAGGAUCUUUUUUCAGUUCAGACGAUUGUGCUAGAAAUGAAAUCAUGUCAUGUCUUGUUUAUAGAUCGAAUAGCGUAUACUGCUAUAAUUGAUGCAUUGCUUGAUUGCGACUCGAUUAAGGAUGCUCUUUGUGUAUUUGGAGAUAUAUUAAAACAAGCUGGUGCAAAUCCUGAACUGCGGCCCAAGCCUCACCUCUAUCUUUCCUUGAUGCGUGCUUUGGCUUUCAAAGGAGAAUAUUCUAUGGUAAAAAAUCUGCAUAAGCGCAUGUGGCCAGAUAGUUCUGGUACUAUCUCCCCGGCAAUUCAAGUUGAAGCUGAUCAUCUUCUCAUGGAGGCAGCUCUAAAUGAUGGUCAGAUCAAUGAAGCCGUGCAAAAUCUGUCAAAUAUCAUGAGAAGAUGGAAGGAACUAUCAUGGACAACUCGGGGAGGAAUGGUUGCUGUACGGAUUGAAGCCUUGCUUGGUAUUGCAGCAUCCAUGUUUAGUCCUUACCUACUUCCUCAGGUAUCGGUGGGUGAACCAAUUGAGUGCAUCAUGACACCAUUUGAAGAUACUUUGCCACUGCGAGCUAACUUGGACUUGAAGAAAGUGGUAAUGCGAUUCUUCAGGAAUCCAAUUGUGCCAGUCAUAGAUGACUGGGGAUGCUGUGUAGGAUUGCUGCACCGAGAAGACUGCAACAAGUUAAAUGCCCCACUUUCAUCGAUGAUGAGAAGCCCGCCUCCUUAUGUUACAACCUCGACAUCUGUUGGUCGUGUGAUUGACCUAAUGUUGGAGAAGGGCUACAAAAUGGUGGUCGUUGUAAAUUAUACUGGUAACUUUUAUGGUACGUCUUACAACUCAAGUUUGAGGCCAGUUGGUGUUUUUACAUUAGAACAAUUAGAUAAGCUUGCUAUUAUUCCUAGCAUCCGUAGUGACAUGGCAACAGUUUCUGUCUGUCAAAGUUCAUUGUAAAGGUAAACUAGACAAUUUUUCCUCCUUUCCCUGCAAAUGAUUUUUUCUGUUAGGAAUUUCCGUUCAAGUCCUCACCCUUGAUGGUUGUGAACUUCUGCUGAUUUUGGUUAUUAAGCAAUUGUUAGUCGUUGAAAUGUUGUUCUCAUCUUCUUUGUUAUGCCA